CUCCGUCAAGCCAAGAGGACAUGCAGCUCGUCAGCGAGCUGUCAGCAGUCAUCGAAGAUGCAACUUCUUUGAACGAGGCGGGGACGAGCGAGCCGAUCAAGCUGGUCCUGGACAAGGCCGUUGGCAACCUCCACGACACGUUCUACUCUCCGGGGAGCCUGGAGUUCAUGUCGCUGGGAGAGUGGGCGAAGACGCCAGAGGAGCAGGGAGUGGGACGCAACGCGCUCAAGGAGAAGCUGGGGAAGUGGCUGCAGAGCAAGCGCUGGACUCGCGUGCAAGGAGAGAGCAAGAAGGCAAGGAGGGGCAGCGCGUUCUCGCCACGGGCAACGGCAGCUGCUGAGCUUGAGCAGGAGGCGGAGAGCGACGACAUAAAGCGUCGAUCUCUUAGCUUCCUGUUCAUAGCACUGAGUAAAUUCGCAGAGAUGCAUGUGCUGGCCUGCUCGCUGAAGGUGGACAAGAAGGACCGACUGCGGGUGGAGAUGAGGGAAGAUGGCGAAGAAGAGGAAGACAUGAAAGAAGAGCAAGGCGAGGGCGAGGAAGAAGACGGGGCGAGCCCGUACCGAGCUUGAGCUGAGCUCAAGGUAAGGAGAGAAGGUAGGAGGCGACCGAAGGCCAAGGUGAGGAGAGGCAACUCUUCUCGGACUGAGGCUGAGGAAGCUGAAGGGAGGUAGAGUAGGUGGCGACCGAAGGCCAAGGUGAGGAGAGGCAACUCUCCUGACUGAGGCUGAGGAAGCCAAGAGAAGAUAGCAGAAGUAGAAAGUAGAAAGACGCCUCAGAAGCAGGGUUCGCAUUGUAGGCCGUGUACUCCCAGUGCUCGAGCGCCUCUUUAGACUAGGAUCAAAUUGCAAAAGCCCACAACGAGGCCGAGCAACAUUCUAGCAAUCUAAU